GCUCGCGUCGCCUGAUUGCACCAACAGCACCCGCAACGUUUACGCGGCGUCGGUGGUUAGGUCCCCAAUUCGCUCCUUCUCCCUCUCCGCAACCUUUUUCUUUUUUUUUUUUCACAUACAUCUUAAAAAAAAAAAAGAAUUUACGGAGGCAAAUAAUCAACAAUCUCUCUGUCAUUGCUUUUUUUAUCUUAUGAUCCUUUGACUAGCGAACUUGUUUUCUCUUAUCCUUCUAUUCUUUCUCGCCUCUUCCAAUCCCUAUUUUUAAGCAUCCGAUUCAGAUCCCUCGGAUCGGAUCCCAAUGGCGGCAUCGCGGCGGCUCCGGGACCUCCAAUCGCAACCGGGGAACAAGAUCUGUGUCGAUUGUUCCCAGAAAAAUCCGCAAUGGGCGUCUGUUUCCUACGGCAUCUUCAUGUGUCUAGAGUGCUCCGGCAAGCAUCGUGGCCUCGGUGUUCACAUAUCCUUCGUCCGAUCCGUCACUAUGGACUCAUGGUCUGAGAUCCAGAUUAAGAAAAUGGAAGCUGGAGGUAAUGAAAGGCUUAACGCGUUUUUAGCUCAGUAUGGAAUCCCUAAAGAGACUGAUAUCGUCGCUAAAUACAAUACUAACGCCGCUAGCGUCUAUCGGGAUCGAAUCCAGGCCCUCGCCGAGGGUCGACCUUGGCGGGAUCCACCGGUGGUUAAGGAAACCAUUGGUAGCAAGAAAAAACCCCCGCUGGCUCAACCUGGUGGUAGCAGAGAAAAUAAUUAUUCUAAUAAUGGAGGAUGGGAUAGUUGGGACAAUGAUGAUUCGUUUAGAUCUUCAAAUGAUAUGAGAAGGAACCAGUCGGUUAGCGAUUUUCGGGGUAAUAGCGGCGCUGGUGGUGGAAUGGGAGGCGUCCCUGUGAGGUCGAGAUCGACUGAGGAUAUUUAUACCAGAUCGCAAUUGGAGGCCUCUGCGGCUAAUAAGGAGAGUUUUUUUGCCAGAAAAAUGGCAGAGAAUGAGUCGCGUCCUGAAGGCUUGCCGCCAUCGCAAGGGGGGAGGUAUGUGGGAUUUGGGUCGAGUCCGGCGCCUUCGCAGAGGAAUAAUAAUUCCCAACCAGAUGUUCUCUCGGCUAUGUCUCAGGGUUUAGGUAGGUUAUCUUAUGUUGCUGCAUCUGCGGCUCAAUCAGCUGCGAAUGUUGUCCAAGCUGGCACAAAAGAGCUUACUUCCAAGGUGAAGGAAGGUGGAUAUGAUUACAAGGUAAAUGAAACUGUCAAUGUUGUUGCUGCAAAAACAACAGAGAUUGGACAUAGGACAUGGGGGAUUAUGAAGGGAGUCAUGGCUAUAGCAUCACAGAAAGUUGAGGAGUACACUAAAGAAGGUGGCUGGAAGACUGAUAACUGGCAACGAAAUGAAAGUGAUAGUAAUGGAUAUUAUCAGGAGUUUAAUGGGCAAGAAAAUAAAGGAUGGAAUUCAUCAGCUGCUGGAGGACAAUCUUCAAGUGGGAAUUAUAAUUCUUACAGCUCAAGUUCUUGGGAUGAUUGGGAACAGAAAGACACUAGGAAGGAAGAUAAUAUAAAGAGUUCUGCAUCGCAUCAUAAUGAUGGUUGGGCAGGUUGGGAUGACAAGGAUGAUGGAUAUGAUAAUUUCUACCAGAGCACUCCUGAUAAGAAAACUGUUGGUCACAAUGGUAAAUCAGAUGCCACAUGGACAGGAGGAGGCUUUCUUUAAGGUAGACGUUAAAUUCUUUUGCAAAAGCCCUGGUUGACGCCCGUGUGCUGGUUGGUGCCAAAACUGAUGGAUAGCUGGUUGCAGUGAUGUCCAGUUGGUGGAUUUGAAUUUAUGCUGAGUGCAGCUGAUAAGAAAGUGUUGGUUGCGGAUGAGAUCUGUUGUGAGUGGGGAAGCGUUUCUGGAGGUUGGUAUAUUUUCUGCAACUCCUUUUUCUUUCUUUCUUUCUCUCUUUCUUUAUUUCUGAAAAAAAAAUUAUGUAUCCUUUGGGAAAGUUCUGAUAUGUUUGAAAGUAGUUCAUAUAUGUACAACUUUGAACAGGGAGGGCUAAUUGCCCAAUCAAAGAGGGCCGCACUGUUUCAGGAAACAUUAUUUGUGACUUGAAAAGUCAAAUUUGGUUUAUAUUUGUAAUGACUUGGUCAUUUAAUUUUCAUUAAUGUUUUUGUUUGCGUGUUUCA